AGCUCGGUCAGAACAACAACUAGAAAUCUUAUUUGUGACAGUUCGUUUCGGAUUUCGUGGAGGGAGGAAUACGGCUGGUCGUCCUGAUAAAAAUCUCAGCAGCCCAACAAAUAACGCACAGAGGGCAAUAGGAAAUGAAUGAUCGAAGUUGCUCAACGCUGUAAACCCAACUAUUUCGCCACCACAAAGCGGAGUUCACACACAAGAAAAGAUGUCCUUCCCUAGUUUGCUUCAGCUGGUCCAUUUUCUAUUGUUCAUCUCUACAUUCCACUCUGCUUUGGGGAUCCAGUGUUACCGAUGCCUUCCAAAAGCAGUUCCAAACACAGGCAACCAAACUAAUUCAUUAGAGCCUUGUUCAAAAUUUGACGGGUCCAGCCCAUUUGUUAUUGACUGCCCCCUCUCCACAUUCUGCAUGAAGAGGAAUUUCACACUGGAAUUUCCAGAUGGAAGAAACGCCAUUGUUACGGAGAGAGGUUGUGCCCAACAGAGCUUCUCCUACAGGGUGCUAAAACGAGGACAGUGGCAGACGGUGAACGACGUCAAUGAAACAAUUUACCAAGACGGAUGCAUCUUGGAACACCAAGGCACCAAGCCUCCAACCCAGUAUUGCUACUGCUCAAGCCGACUGUGUAACGCUGCAACUCCGGUACAACACAGCAGCAACUUACUCGUUUAUCUAAUAAUUUUCCCUUUUGUUUACUACGUUCUCCUCUAAUCACCCCUUCGAUAUCCCACGUUUUACGAUAUCCUGUGAUUGUUUACUUCAAAAAUGUUUUACUUGUUUAGCAUCACCCCCUAUGAUGGUCUGUGAUAAAUAAUCGCGAAUGUUAAUUCUUGUGUGCUAGUACGAAAGGUUAAGGGCGUUGUUAUACUAUACUAUCAUAAAAUAAACAUGCAUUACCUGUUGA